AAUCCACGUGCGGAAAAAAUACACAAAACAUCGUGUGAUACUUUAGGCCUCCAGAAUGGAUAUUGUUAAUGAAAUUCUGGAGAGAGAGCAGCAGGAAUUGGCCAAGUACAAGCCGAUCACAGUGGAAAAGCUGCUGGAAGUGCAGAACGAUCUUGGUUUGCUUCUCUGUACAGAUGUGAAUGAUCUGGCCGAAGAUCGGCUGAAGUCAGACUGUGAUGAUUACCUGCUAAAUCUCACGAGAGACAACGUCCAGCUCUUGCUGAAUGAUGUUUGGCAACAGCCCACGGAGAGUGUCGAGGAGUCUGUUCUGGCCAAACUUCCGGCGCCUGUUCAUCUUCUCCCGCGCGAAAGGAAGGUUCCCGAUCCCAAACCGCUGACCAAGUGGCAGAAGUUUGCCCAGGAGAAGGGAAUAAAGAAGAAGCCACGCAUGCAGAAAACCUACGAUGAUGUUCAGGAUAAAUGGGUGCCGACGUACGGAUACAAGAGAGCCGCGGCUGAGAAGGAGCGCGACUGGGUGCUGGAAGUGCCGGGCAAUGCGGAUCCCAUGGAGGAUCAGUUUCAGAAGAAGAAGGAGCUGAAGAAAGAGCGAGUGGCCAAGAAUGAACUGCAACGCAUGAGGAAUGUAGCGAGAGCGCAGAAACUGAAAAUCCCACGGGUUGGAAUCACAAAUCCUGCGGCGGCCUCGUCGAAGGAACUCCUCACAGCGGCCACAGUUGCCAAGGCGUCCACAGCGUCAGUUGGCAAGUUCCAGGACAAACUGCCGAAGGACAAGAAAGCUCGCGGACUGGGCGUCAAGGAGCUCAUUCCGGGUGUUAAACGCAAGGCAUCGCAUCUGGAGCCGGAGACGAAGAGGAAUUUGGAUGUGGUGGAGAGUGUGCUGAAGAAGCGGCCGAAAGUGGACGUGGAAAAGGCCAUUUCACUCCAGAAACGUGACGAUCGCGAGAGGAGAGACGCUGAACAGGCAGAAUCGAAGCCGAAGAGGAGCAAGAAGGGAAAGUCCCAAUUCAAGUCGAAGGGAAUGAAGAAGCCGAGAGGCGGCAAAGGUCAGAGGAAUCCAAACAAGCGCACAUUGGGAAGGAAGAGACGCUGAUCAUCUCGGCGAUAUUGCUUGCGGAUUUUGUGGGUGGAUGCAUUGUCAAUUCAUCCAUGCUCGAUGCCAACAAAGCCACGCGGAGGAAUUUUGCAUAAGAACCUUUUCUGUGGCGUCGGCGGCUCUCUGUGGGCAGCAGAGAAAACAUAAACUGAAACCUCUUCCUGGACAAUUUAUCAGUGAUUCAGUAUCUCUCCGUAUUUAUGAUAGAAAUAAAUAUCACACACUGAUGUGGAGAAUUGUUGGGAGCGCGCGCGCGAAAAAAGUCAUCAC